AUGUUAACUGACCUAGGAGUUGGAUUACAAGGACGGACAGAGCAAGAACUCUCAAGUUCUGAAGAAUUACAGCAAGACCAACAGGGAGAGCUGAGUGAAGAAUCUCCGGUGCAGAGACAAGAGAACGGGAAUGAAAUUAGUGUUAAAACGGCAAAGACUAUGGGAAUAUGGAUAUCAGACCAUGCUCCACUAUUUGUGGAGUUGGGGCUGGAAGAAGAUGGGAAAAGUAGGAGAUGGUGUUAUAAUAACCUAAUAAUGGCAAAAGAGAUUGAUAGGGAAUAUAUUAGAAAUCAGAUUGACUGGUACUUUAAAGAGAAUAAUGGCUCGGCCGAGAUCCCGGUAGUGUGGGACGCUUUCAAAGCUGUUAUAAGAGGACAUUGUAUAUUGAAAGAGAAUGCUAUUAAGAAGGAGUGGAAAACAAUAUUGGUUGAAAGUGGAAGGACAGAAAGAGCGGAGGAGAUGAGGAGGACGGAGAUGAAAGUGGAUAUGGUGUUGAACAGAAGACAAACGACAGAGAAGGGGAUAGCGGGGAUGUUGUAUGGAUUGAUGAUGGGGUGCAAUGUUCCUUUUCCUCAGUGCACUUCCAGGGAACGUGUUCAUGAACUUCACAGGUACUAUCAGUCAGGAGACCUCAUCACUGCCGUCAUCCUUCCUCAGAUCUACAUCCUUUCAAGUUGUUUAUCCUUUGAGAAACCACCAUCUGAUGAAGACGUUGAUGAUCUCCUGGUACUGACUCAGGGCUACCAACACAUCCUGGCCUUGGUAUUUGCUGUAAAGGAGAUCAAUGCAAAUCCCUGGAUAUUGCCCAAUGUCAGCCUGGGCUUUGAUAUCUAUAAUAGUGAGUUCAGGGCACGAUGGACUUACCUUGCUUCAAUGGAGCUUCUCUCCACACAAGGCAUAUUCACCCCUAACUAUAAAUGUGGCAUCAAGAACAACCCAGUAGCAGUCAUUGGGGGUCCAGAUUCUGAAACUUGUUUCCAUAUGGCAACUACUCUGUCCACCUACAAGAUUCCGCAGCUCAGAUAUGGUUCUCAUUCAAUGAUGAAAGAUGGCAACCAAGGUGUUUUCUUCCAUCAAUUGUUCCCACAUAGCAAUCAUCAGUAUAUGGGCAUCCUCAGAUUGCUGUUGCAUUUCAGUUGGAUCUGGAUUGGGGUCAUUUCCCUAGAAGAUGAAAAUGGAGAGUUGUUUGUACAGAAUGUGCUUCCCAAGUAUUCCCAGAAUGGUAUCUGCUUUGAGUUCAUAGAAAGAUGCUCCAAAAAAGCUUUUUCUACUGAUGCCGCUAAAGUACUCUCAGACUGGAUUCCAGUGUCUCAUCGCAUUAUGGGAAGCAGCGUAACUGCUGUGGUCGUAUAUGGUGAAGUCCAUACAAUGAUCAGUUUGAGAAUCUUGAUCCAGCUACCGCAAUUUGAAGAUAUACCAGUCAAAACAAAAGUCUGGAUUAUGACAGCCCAAAUGGAUUUCUCAUCUCUUCCCUUUCAAAGAGGCUGGGGAAUAGAUUUCAUCCAUGGCUCUUUAUCCUUUGCCAUUCAUUCAAAGGACAUAUUGGAAUUCCAGAAAUUUCUCCAGAUCAGAAACCACCUCUCAGAAAAAGGAGAUGGCUUUGUCAGGCAUUUCUGGGGACAUGCAUUUGGCUGCUUCUUCCCCACAUCUGAUACAGAAAUAAUGGAUGGGCAAAUCUGCACUGGGGAGGAGAAACUGGAGGCUCUUCCUGCUUCUGUUUUUGAAAUGAGCAUGACUGGCCACAGCUACAACAUCUACACUUCAGUAUAUGUUGUGGCACAUGCUUUGCAUAACAUGCACACAUCCAAAUGCAAACAUGGAGCAAGGGCAGAUAAAACGAAGUGUAUGCUUCUGAAUCAAAAGCCAUGGAAGUUGCAUCCUUCUCAUUCUCUGCCUCUUCAGCUCCAUUCCUUUCUGAGAUCUGUCUCUUUUAACAACGGUGCGGGAGAAAUGGUUUCUUUUGACCAAGAUGGGAAUUUAGAGGCUGGAUUCGAUAUUAUCAACUGGGUCACAUUCCCAAACCAGUCCUUCCACAGAGUCAAGGUUGGAAAGAUAGAGCCACAGACUCUCCCAGAUAAAGUAUUCACCAUCCAUGAAGAUGUGAUUGUGUGGCCCAGCACAUUCAAUCAGGCACAUCCCAUUUCUCUGUGUAAUGACAAAUGUCAUUUGGGUUAUAGCAAAGCAAUGAAGGAAGGGGAGCCAUUUUGCUGCUAUGAUUGCUUUCCCUGUCCAGCUGGGGAAAUUUCAAACCAGUCAGAUAUGGAUGAUUGUCUACAAUGCCCUGAAGACCAGUAUCCAAAUAACUUUCAGGAUUCAUGCAAUCUGAAAUACAUAAGUUAUUUGUCUUAUGAAGAACCAUUGGGGAUCAGUUUGACAAUUGCUGGUCUCUCUUUUUCUUCCAUCACAGUUUGGGUACUUCAGAUUUUCAUUAAGCACCAGGACACUCCCAUAGUCAAAGCCAACAACCGGAGCCUCACUUACACUCUCCUUUUCUCCCUCUUGCUCUCUUUCCUUUGUAGUUUGUUAUUCAUAGGUCAACCUGAAAAAGUAGUAUGUCUCCUUCGACAAUCUGUUUUUGGUGUCAUUUUCUCCAUUGCAGUUUCUUGUGUGUUGUCCAAAACAACAAUAGUGGUCUUAGCUUUCAUGGCUACCAAACCAGGGUCCAGAAUAAGAAGCUGGAUGGGGAAACAACUGGCCACCUCCAUUGUUCUUUCCUGCUCCAUGAUUCAAACCACCAUUUGCAUUGUGUGGCUCUCAACCUUUCCCCCAUUCCCAGAUUUGGACAUGCACUCCAUGACUAAAGAAAUUGUACUAGAAUGUAAUCAAGGGUCAGUCACUAUGUUUUAUUGUGUCCUGAGCUAUAUGGGUUUCCUGGCCAUUGUCAGCUUCACUGUGGCCUUCUUAGCCAGGAAGUUGCCUGACAGUUUUAAUGAAGCUAAGUUCAUCACCUUCAGCAUGCUGGUCUUCUGCAGUGUGUGGUUGUCCUUUGUUCCAACUUACUUGAGUACCAAGGGCAAAUACAUGGUUGCUGUGGAGAUCUUCUCCAUUUUAGGCUCCACUGCUGGUUUAUUAGGCUGCAUCUUUUCUCCCAAAUGCUAUGUUAUUUUACUGAGGCCUGAACUGAACAGCAGAGAACAGCUAAUGGGGAAAAAGAGAUAA